AUGGACCAGCAGCUGCGAGAGCGGUGGCUGCAGGAGGAGCGGGAGUAUCUGCAGAGCAUGGCGAGGCAGAGGGGCUCGCAGGAGCAGGGCGGGGCGCCGGAGGACCCCGGAGCAGGGAGCAGGGAGAUUGCAGACCAGGCUGAUGCCGACGGCGGACGGAGGCCGAGCAGGUCCCAGCCCAUUGUCCCUGAGCCUCUUGCUAGUGACGAGGUCCUGCAGGUGCCCCACGUCCCUAAGUCUCCCAGGGACCGCAGCCUGAUUGCCGGGGCCGUGGAGCGGAAUGACUUCCUGCGGCUCCUGGGCGAGGGCCAGGCAGACGCCAUGGUGCAGAGCUUCAUGCCCGCCUGGCACGGCCCAGGGCACACGGUGCUGGCCGAGGGCACCGACGGGGACGCCAUGUACAUCGUCGCUGAGGGUGAGCUGAGUGUGACCCAGCGCGGCUGCCCCCUCCGCACGCUGCUCCCGGGGGAUGUGUUUGGGGAGCUGGCGAUCCUGUACCACUGCAAACGCACGGCCACCGUCACAGCGCUCACCCAGGUCCGGCUCUGGGCCAUCGACCGGCAGACCUACCGCACCAUCGUCACCAGCCAGGCCAAGCGCCGGCGGGCCGAGAUCCUGGACUCCCUCCGAGAGGCACCAUCGCUGCAGGGCCUGGCGGACGCUCAGCUCUCCAAGCUGCUGGACUCCAUGGAGGAGUGCACAUUCGCUCAUGAUGAGGUGAUUGUUCGCGAAGGGGACGAGGGGAAUAACUUCUACAUCAUCCUGAGAGGAGAGGUUCGGGUCAGCAGGCGCGUGCACGGGCGGGAGGAGCAGAUCCGGGCGCUGCGAGCCGGCGAGCACUUCGGGGAGCUGUCGCUGCUGCGCAACAUCCGCCGGACAGCCACCUGCCGGGCACACGGGGAGGUCGCCUGCAUCACUGUCACCAAGGAAGACUUCCAGGAGAUCUGCCCCUUCUGCCCCACGCCCAGGCAGCUUUCGGAGCCAGAUGUGGCCAUGCUGGAGGUUCCCUCCCUUUCUGAGCCUGGACGUGCCCCGUGCCCCGAGACCGCCCCGGCCCCGCUGUGGCUCCAGGACCUGGCGGCCGUGCGCUACGAGGACGGGCAGCACCAGGGCCUCCCCGUGGUCCUGGGCACCGGCGGCUUUGGCAGAGUUGAGCUGGUGCGCGGGCGGGGGCUGCUCUUCGCCCUCAAGCGGAUCCGCAAGGAGCACGUGGUGCGGAGGCGGCAGCAGGAGCACGUGCGCACCGAGAAGCGGGUGCUGGAGCGGAGCCGCUGCCCCUUCAUCGUGGGGCUCUUUGGCACCUUCAGGGACAGCCAGUACGUCUACAUGCUGCUGGAGUUCUGCCAGGGGGGCGAGCUGUGGACGAAGCUGCGUGAGGUGCGCUGCUUCGAGGAGGAGGUGGCCGUGUUCUGCUCAGCGUGCGUGGUGGAGGCACUCGACUACCUGCACGGCAACGGGAUCAUCUACCGGGACCUCAAGCCCGAGAACCUGAUGCUGGACAAGCAGGGCUACAUCAAACUGGUGGAUUUCGGCUUUGCCAAGGAGCUGGCGCGGGGGGAGAAGACCUACUCGUUCUGUGGCACGCCCGAGUACCUGGCACCUGAGAUCCUGCGGCACGAGGGCCAUGACUUCGCCGUCGACUUCUGGAUGAUGGGCAUCCUCAUCUUCGAGAUGCUGGUGGGCCGGCCCCCGUUCCACAGUGCCGAGCCCCAGAAGAUCUACAGCAAGAUCCUGGAUGGGGUGUUCUCAUUCCCGGCCUACGUGAGCGAGGCCGCCUGCUCCCUGGUCUCCAAGCUGUGCCGGCUCCGGCCGGGACAGCGCUUGGGCAACACCAGCACCGGCAUCCGCGGCAUCAGGAAACACAGGUGGUUUGGCUCGGUGAAGUGGAAGCGUCUGGCCCUGCGGCAGGUCAAUGCUCCUACCCUGGCGCUGAUGAAGCAGGGCCCGCCCUACGCCAACUUCAAGCGCUUCUCGGUGGACUGGACGCCGGCCGAGGAGGAGUUCUCGGGCUGGGACGAGGAUUUCUGA